CCGGCCCGGCCCGCCCGGCCCCGCCAUGCCUGCGCUCUGGCUCGGCUGCUGCCUCUGCGUCGCGCUGCUGCUGCCUGCAGGCCGGGCCACCUCCGGAAGGGAAGUCUGUGACUGCAAUGGGAAGUCCAACCAAUGCAUCUUCGAGCAGGAGCUUCACCGACAGACAGGCAAUGGGUUCCGCUGCCUCAACUGCAAAGACAACACCGAGGGCAUCCGCUGUGAGAGGUGCCGGGAGGGAUUUUACAGGCACCGAGACAGAGACCGCUGCCUGCCCUGCAAUUGUCACUCCAAAGGUUCUCUCAGUGUUCGAUGUGACAACUCUGGGCGCUGCAGCUGUAAGCCAGGCGUGACAGGAGACAGGUGUGACCGAUGUCUGCCGGGCUUCCACACAUUCACUGAUGCUGGCUGCACCCAAGACCAGAGAAGAAUAGACCCCAAGUGUGACUGUGACCCAGCUGGCAUUGCAAGGCCCUGUGACUCUGGCCGCUGUGUCUGCAAACCAGCUGUCACCGGAGAACGCUGUGACAGGUGUCGACCAGGCUAUUAUCAUCUGGACAGAGGAAACCCUGAGGGCUGUACCCAGUGUUUUUGCUAUGGACAUUCAGGCAACUGCCGAAGCUCCACAGACUUCAGUGUCUACAGGAUCACCUCUACCUUCCAUCAAGAUGUUGAUGGCUGGAAGGUUGUCCAGAGAAAUGGGUCUCCUGCAAAACUCCACUGGUCACAGCGCCAUCGGGAUGUGUUUAGCUCAGCCCGGAGAUCAGACCCUGUCUACUUUGUGGCUCCUGCCAAGUUUCUUGGAAAUCAGCAGGUGAGCUAUGGGCAAAGCCUGUCUUUUGACUACCGUGUAGACAGGGGUGGCAGACAUCCAUCCACUCACGAUGUGAUCCUGGAAGGUGCUGGCCUACAGAUCAGAGCUCCCUUGAUACCACCUGGCAAGACGCUGCCUUGUGGACUCACCAAGACUUACACAUUCAGAUUAAGUGAACAUCCGAGCAGUAACUGGAGCCCCCAGCUGAGUUAUUUUGAGUAUCGAAGGUUGCUUCGGAACCUCACAGCCAUCCUGAUUCGUGCUACAUAUGGAGAGUACAGUACUGGAUACCUUGACAAUGUGACCCUGAUUUCAGCCCGCCCCAUCUCUGGAGCUCCGGCACCAUGGGUUGAACAUUGUAUUUGUCCUGUUGGGUACAAGGGACAGUUUUGUCAGGAUUGUGCAUCUGGCUACAAAAGAGAUUCAGCGAGACUGGGACCUUUUGGUGCAUGUAUUCCAUGUAACUGCCAAGGGGGAGGGGCUUGCGAUCCAGACACAGGAGAUUGUUAUUCUGGAGAUGAGAAUCCUGACAUCGAAUGUGCUGACUGUCCCAUUGGUUUCUACAAUGAUCCCCAUGACCCCCGCAGCUGCAAGCCGUGCCCCUGUCACAAUGGGUUCAGCUGCUCAGUGAUGCCAGAGACAGAGGAGGUGGUGUGUAAUAACUGCCCCCCUGGGGUUACCGGGGCCCGCUGUGAGAUCUGUGCCGAUGGCUACUUUGGGGACCCCUUUGGGGAACGUGGUCCAGUGAGGCCUUGUCAGCCCUGUCAAUGCAACAACAAUGUGGACCCCAGUGCUCCUGGGAACUGUGACCGGCUGACGGGCAGGUGUUUGAAAUGCAUGUACAACACUGCCGGUGUCUACUGUGACCAGUGCAAGGCAGGGUACUUUGGGGACCCUUUGGCUCCUAACCCAGCAGACAAGUGUCGAGCUUGCAAUUGCAACCCCAUGGGCUCAGAGCCUGUAGAGUGUCGAAGAGAUGGCAGCUGUGUGUGCAAGCCAGGAUUUGGUGGCCUCAACUGUGAUCAUGCAGCACUAAGCAGCUGUCCCACUUGCUAUGAUCAAGUGAAGGUUCAGAUGGGUCAGUUUAUGCAGCAGCUUCAGAGCCUGGAGGCCCUGGUUUCAAAGGCUCAGAGUGGUGGUGGAGCAGUGCCCAAUCCAGAGCUGGAGGGCAGGCUGCAGCAGGCUGAGCAGGCCCUACAGGAAAUUCUGAGAGAAGCCCAGAUUUCAGAAGAUGCUAGGAGAUCACUCAGUCUCCAGCUGGCCAAGGUGAGGAGCCAAGAGAACAGUUUCCAGAACCGCCUGGAUGACCUGAGGAUGACGGUGGAUAGGGUUCGGACUGUGGGCGGUCAGUAUCAGAACCGGGUUCAGGAUACCCGUAAGCUCAUCACUCAGAUGCGUCUGAGCCUGGCAGAAAGCGAAGCUUCCCUGCGGAACACCAACAUUCCUUCAUCAGAGCACUACGUGGGGCCAAAUGGCUUUAAAAGUCUGGCUCAGGAGGCUACUCUAAUUCUUUGCUUUAUAUCCUCCAGCCACUUUGAGUCAGCCAGUAACAUGGAGCAACUCACAAGGGAAACUGAGGAAUAUUCCAAACAGGCGCUAUCACUGGCCAGCAAAGCUCUGAAUGGAGGGGACGGAAGUGGCGUCCCAGACAGCGCUGCAGUACAAGGACUUAUGGGAAAAUUAGAGAAAACCAAGUCCCUGACCCAGCAGCUGUCAAGGGAGGCCACUGAAACUGACCUUGAAGCAGAUAGAUCUUACCAGCAUAGUCUACGCCUUCUGGAUUCAGUAUCUCAGCUUCAGGGAGUCAAUGAUCAGUCUUUUCAGGUAGAAGCAAAGAGAAUUCGACAAAAAGCUGAUUCUCUCUCAAGCCUGGUAACCAGACAUCUGGAUGAGUUCAAGCGUGUACAAAGCAAUCUAGGAAACUGGGAAAAAGAAACCCGGCAGCUCUUACAGAAUGGAAAGGAUGGGAGACAGAAAGCAGACCAGCUGCUUUCCCGUGCCAACCUUGCUAAAAGCAGAGCCCAAGAAGCACUAAGUAUGGGCAAUGCCACCUUUUAUGAAGUUGAGAACAUUCUGAAGAACCUCAGAGAGUUUGACCUGCAGGUUGAAGACAGAAAAGCAGAAGCUGAAGAAGCCAUGAAGAGACUCUCCUAUAUCAGCCAAAAGGUUGCAGAUGCCAGUGACAAGACCCAGCAAGCUGAAGUGGCUCUGGGGACCGCUGCUGCUGAUGCCCAGCGGGCAAGGAGUGCAGCAAGGGAGGCCCUGGAGAUCUCCAGUGAGAUAGAACAGGACAUAGGGAGUCUGAACUUGGAAGCCAAUGUGACAGCAGAUGGAGCCCUGGCCAUGGAGAAGGGACUGGCCACACUAAAGAGUGAGAUGAGGGAGGUGGAAGGAGAGCUGGCCAGGAAGGAGCUGGAGUUUGACUCGGAUAUGGAUGCAGUGCAGAUGGUGAUUACAGAAGCCCAGAGAGUUGAUACCAGAGCCAAGAAUGCUGGAGUCACAAUCCAAGACACGCUCAGUGCAUUGGAUGGCAUCCUACACCUAAUAGACCAGCCUGGCAGCGUGGAUGAAGAGGGACUGAUCCGAUUGGAGCAGGAGCUUUUCCGAGCCAAGACCCAGAUCAACAGUCAGCUGCGUCCCUUGAUGUCAGAACUGGAAGAGAGGGCACGGCGACAGAGGGGUCACCUCCAUUUGCUAGAGACAAGCAUAGAUGGGAUUCUGGCUGAUGUGAAGAACCUGGAGAACAUUAGGGAAAACCUGCCCCCGGGCUGCUACAAUACCCAAGCUCUAGAGCAACAGUGA